AUGAAGUUCUUCGCUGCACUGUUGCUCUUGGUGUGUUUGAUUGUUGCGUGUCAAGCGCAAGGAGGUGGCGGUGGCGGUGGUCGAUACGGUGGAGGUGGUGGUGGACCAUACGGAGGCGGUGGUGGUCCCUAUGGCGGAGGUAGCGGUGGGCCCUAUGGAGGAGGUGGCGGACGCCUUGGCGGUGGCGGUGGUGGUCGUUUUGGCGGCGGCGGUGGUGGACGUUAUGGUGGAGGUGGCGGCGUUGUUGCCGGUGAAGCUCAACGUAGAGGAGGCAUGGGUGGAGGUAUGGGCAGAGGCAGUAUCGGUGGACGUGGCGGUGGCGGUCGCAUAGGUGGAAGAGUAGGUGGUGGACGUAUCGGUCGUAUGGGUUAA